CCAUUGUCAAAUUGCAAUCAAAAAGUAAUGGCUAACUUUUUGGCAAUAAAACAAAACUAAAGUACAGUAAUUUUUGGGUUCAACGUUAGGUACUUAUAUUAUUUCUUUAUUAGUUUAUUGACAAAUUUUAUUAUAUGCACAUUAUUAAUGACACAGUUGAUUUCUAUCAAUCUCCGGUAAAUUUAAGUUUUACGGAAUAUUUAUGAGGAUACGCGUUUUAAAAAAUUAUGGCCUGAUUAGUACAACUAUUUAUGACUGCAGAAAAUAACACUAUAAGAUUUCAAACAAAAUAGAUUGUACUUCUGAGGCCAUGUAGUGUAAAUUUUCAUUAAUAUGUUAUCGGCUUCAACAUUUAUAAAAGCUUAUGGUGAAAUUGGUUUUAUAAAUAUUGAGUAACUACAGAAGAGUUGUUCAAGAAUAACUCAUAACAUUUUAGUAGCACACUUAUUAUUAGUUUAAGAGUAUGAAAACUGGGAUUGGAAAUUAUUACUUUCAAACAAGUUUUGCAUGUUUUAUAAUAUGUGUGCUAUAAAAAAUGUUGAUUUCUUUGGGACGAAAAGGAUGAGUAAAAGAAUGACACUUUGUUUUGUGUAAAAUAUUUUAUCCAAAGUUGAUAUAUCAAUAUGAGGUUUCUGUCAUCAUUAUGUUUGACUAAUACAUAUUUUUCAUUCCAAUAGAUAACAAUGGAUGGAAAAGUAAAAUGAGUAUGCAGCCAACCCAAAAAUGGCAACUUACAUAACAGCAACAUGAAAAGUCGAUCACUUAGUAAUGUUGACACAUCAGAUGUCGAGAUUGGGUGGAAAUAUUAGGUGACCAUACGAAACAAAAUUUCUUUAUUAAAUAAUAUGGCAGAUCAUCACAGAAAAUACUCAAAACAUAGGACAGAUUCAAAGAGAGAUAAAAGUGCAAAAAGGAGUAAAGAUUCUAAACGCCAUCUGAAUGAGUCUAGAACACCACCAUAUUCAUCUAAAAGUAAUUCUAUUGACGAACUGAUAAAACAGCGAGAGACCUUAAAAGAGGAACUUAAGAAAUUCUCAAAACAUUCUAAAUCAAGUUCCAAAAGCAAGCAUGAUGAUCAUGGCAAAAAGCGGUCUAGUUCUGACAAUCUUCAUAAAGAUAAAAAUAGUAAAAGAUCCAAAAGUGAAAAAAAUUCCUCUUCCACUGUAUACGUAGAAUCUUCACCGGUUCAUAAUGUUGAUUAUACACAGGUAGACUCUGAAGAUGAGGAAUCUAUUAUUGAGCAAAGAAGACAACAAAGAAAGAGGCUAUUAGAACAACUUACGCAUAGUAAAGAUAUUGCUGAACAAGAAAACAAAAGUUAUCAAGAAAAGUGUAUAACAAAAAAGGAUAUGCAAGAAAUAACCAACUCAAAUGAAACUAAAACUCAAAUCAAAAAUGAGACAACUGACAUGUUUGCAGAGGAAGAUUUCAUUGCUAAACAAAUAACUGAUAAAGUAACUCAAGACAAUAGCAAAAAUAGUGUUCAACUAACAGACAAUUGGGAUGAUGAAGAGGGUUAUUAUAAUAUUAAAAUAGGAGAUAUUAUUAAUAACAACAGAUACACAAUUAAAUCUUUAGUAGGACAAGGUGUGUUUGCAAAUGUCAUCAGGGCUCAAGAUACCAAAACUAACACUGAAGUUGCAAUUAAAAUUAUGAGGAACAAUGAUUUAAUGUACAAGACGGGAUUAAAAGAAAUAGCAACAUUAAAAGAAAUGAAUACUGCAGACCCAACAAAUAAAUAUCAUUGUGUUAAGUUAGAUUGCCACUUUAUGCACAAAAAACACCUUUGUUUGGUCUUAGAAUCCCUUCAUAUGGACUUACGAGGGGUUUUAAAGAAAUAUGGUAGACAUGGGCUGAACAUAAAAGCCCUCAACAGUUAUUCCGUGCAAUUAUUACUAGCCUUGAGACUUCUUAAGAAAGUCGGGUAUAUCCACGCCGAUAUUAAGCCAGAUAAUAUUUUAGUAAAUGAUAGAAAAAAUGUUUUGAAGUUAUGUGACUUUGGUUCAGCAUUUAAAGUGGAAGAGAACGAGCCAACACCAUACUUAGUCUCAAGAUUUUACAGAGCCCCAGAAAUUAUAUUAGGCAUAACUUAUAACCAUGGAGUAGAUAUAUGGUCAACAGCCUGCACCAUGUACGAAAUGGCAACAGGAAAAAUAUUAUUUACUGGCAACUCUAAUAAUAAAAUGUUGAAAUGUUUUAUGGACCUUAAAGGAAGAAUUCCCACAAGACUUCUUAAAAAAGGAAAAUUUAAAGACCAACACUUUAAUUAUAACAACAACUUCUUAUAUCACAGAAAAGAUGAAUUUUCCGGAAGAGAAAAAUGUGAGGAAGUGUCUAACAUUACAAUUGGAAGAGACCUUCUGAAAGAAAUGAAAAAAGCUAGAAAGGAAAUGACACCUGGCGAAGAAAAAAAGAUUGGACAACUUAAAGAUCUUUUGGACAAAAUGUUAAUGUUGGAUCCUUCUCAGCGAAUAUCUGUCAAUGAGUGCUUAAAACAUCCGUUCAUUCGAGAAGAAUUGCAUUACUAAAUUGCUCAAUCAAAAAUAAACUAUUUUUGUCUAUAA